AUGCCACCUCCAAUUGUCCCAUCAAGACAUCUCCCGUCCCCUAACCCGCCCUCGACAGAGCCAGGCACCAUCCUCCUUGAGACGGAACGCCUGGUCCUCCGGCGUCCGCUUCCCAGCGAUGCACCCUUGCUCGUCGCCGCGGCAAACCACAAGGAAACCGCCGCCUUCAUGACAGACCGCUUUCCGUCACCCUAUACCAUCGAGGACGCCGAUGACUUUGUGCACGAGAAACUGGUCCCCAAGGACACACCAGCCGAGUACCCGACCACUGUCGCCAUCUUUCUCAAGGACGACCCGUCGCGGCUGCUGGGCACAAUGGGCGCCAAAAUCGGUACAGACAUCAACUAUAUCAUGUGGGAGCUGGGCUACUUCUUCUCGCCCGAGUACUGGGGCCAAGGCUACGGCACAGAGGCCGUUGGGGCGUUCACGAGAUGGUGCUUUGAGACGUGGCCGGAUCUACAGAGGAUGCAGGCUUCGACGUACGAGUUCAACGAGGCGAGUGGGCGCGUCCUGCUCAAGUGCGGAUACGCCAGGGAGGGAAUGAGACGGCGCUCGGCGAUGAAGAACGGAGUCAUGACAGGGGAAGUGUGGUAUGGCAUAUUGAGGGAAGAGAUGCUCGGGGCACCAGAGGCCAUGUGA